UAAGAGCGGAGACGCGGUGUGAGACACGGUGUGAACUCUGACCCUGAGAAAAGAAGCCAAAAAAAAAAAAAAAGAAAGGUAGUUUAUAAUCCUUUAGCCGGUAUGGAAAUCACUAGCGCACAGUUCACCUUCCAACUCAACCCCAACAACUUCCCCAGCAAGCUGUGGCAUUUGGUGAACGAUCCUCAACUUUACUCAAUCUGCUGGGACGACAGAGGGGAAAAAAUACUCAUCCAUGAGGAACGCUUCGAAGUUGAAGUGCUGUUUUCUCAUGAUGGGCAGAUAAAGCGGUAUUUUAAUACUAGAGACUUCAACAGUUUCGUUCGCCAGCUAAAUCUGUACGGCUUCAGAAAAGUGCGCAGAUACUUGGAUGGCUUGGAGGAGGAGACCGACAGGGCUGUCUUUACAUCUCAGAUGCACAGAUUUCACAACCCGAACUUCAAACGGGAUAAACCAGAACUUCUGGUCAACUUAAAGCGUCUCCGGCCUGUCAAAUAUCCCAGACUUCCUGUGAGCACAGAAGCGUCGGACAUGAUACCCAGGCAUUUCCAUUAUCCCAUGAUGAAUUCUCCCCAGGAAAACCUUCAUGAAGGCUCAGUCUUCAGUCUUAAACACCAGGAAACUCCUUACCACCAUUACACUAAUGACUCUCAGCGGGUGAGGGAGUGUGACAGAACACCCAACCCCUGCCAGGCAUUUGUAAUGGGCCGCGGUGAUCCGGGAGUUGUUUUCCCCCACAUCCCGAUGAACUCACCUUCAGCAUAUCCGUUCAGCACGAUGUACAUGCAGCAGAGCUCACGAAGCACAGUGCCUGCUGGAAAUUCCACUGCCGUCAUACCUCAUCACUCAGACUACAGAUUAUACACACCAGUGUAUCAGUGGUAUAGCCCAGAGUCCUUCGAUAUAAAUAUGCCAUGCUGCCAACAACCAGCUCCCUCAUACGUCCAUUGGAGAUAUUACACUGACUACCCAGGCAGCUACCCCUAUUGGACCAAUCCAAACUGCCAAGCAGGUGAUGCUCCAGAAGCCAAGGACAGUGGUGUAAACCUGGACAUGGUGUUCAAAAUAGCAGAUGAAAUGCAGGCUGUUUCUUUCUGUAAUCCAUUCACCAAUGAAAAGCAGUCACCUGAAAAGGAAGAGACACCUCUCACCUGUAACGUCUGCAUGCUUCCCAUUUUCUGAUAACAAGCCAUUUGGGAUAUAACUGGAGUAAUCUACAUUCCUUUCAAAAUUAGUCUAGUUUAUUACACUUUGAUUGACAUGCAUGUUAUAAGCAGCCCAAAUUUUAAUUCUUAUAAUUAGUAUUUUGUGAGUAAUGUUAUUAAUAAAAUGAUGAUUGUGCA